UCUAGAGGAUCUUCUUAGUGGAAACAUUUGUUGGCUCUUCUUUUUCUACAGCAAAAAGCUUAAAUAACCUUUCUUCUUCUCUCAUUUCUCUUUUUCUUUCUCCAAAAACCCUAAUCCCACUGCUACCUCUGGAGCAAGAAGAAGCAAUAGCUAAGAGACAGAGGGGCCUCACAUUUCACAUAUGCCAUUAGCCUUUUACUGUUCAACCUCCUUUUGUUUUUGCUAUGGAUUCUGGAAGUAGCGGUAGUAUGCAAUCAUCAAGUGGUGCUGAUGAAGAGUAUGACUCAAGGCCCGACUCACUCCCAGCCUUCUUGAAUCCUUCUGUGCAAUUUGGUCCUUUAUCUUCAAACCCACAUCACCAGCCUUCCCUUUUUUCUCACCGCCAACAACCCACUUUAUAUGAUCCUUCACCAAAUCUUUUCCAUGCUUUCGCUCCUCAGUCGCACACAAAUCCAAAUCCCAAUACUUCACUGCUAAAUAUGGACGUGGUUCGGCCACAAGGCUCUAGAUCUGACCUGUAUGGCACCGACCUUAAUAGCAACGUUCUAGCUUCCCAAGCAUCAUCAAGCCAGUUGGGUGCUCAAGGAUCAAAACAAGGUCCGCUUCCAUCUAUGCAAUUGCGAUCCGUACAAGACGAUGGAGCUCGCUCUUCUUCUCCUUCUGAUCAAAUCCAUGUGGCAGCCCGAAAUCCCAAGAAGCGAACGAGGGCAUCCAGAAGGGCACCUACUACAGUUCUCAACACGGACACGUCCAAUUUUAGAGCUAUGGUGCAAGAGUUCACAGGGAUUCCAGCCCCACCAUUUCCAGGCUCGCCGUAUUCUCGCAGGCUCGAUCUUUUUGGCACAAUUGGGUCGAGUAUGAGGUCUGGCCAUUUGGAAACAAUGGGAUCACCAUACCCUUUGCGUCCCUCGGCUCACAAGGUCCAUCAACAGUCUCCAUUCUUGUUCUCCUCCUCAUCUUCUUCAUCCUCUUCAUUGUUGAACAAUACUAUGGUUGAUGCUACUACUACUGCUACUACUUCUAGUAACAACAAUUCCAUGACCUUAUCCAUUCCCACCACAACUACUACUUUUAAUCCGGCUUCUGUUAAUUAUCACCUGCCUUCUGAUUUAAGCCUUCCCAAACAACCUCAAAAUUUGUUAAACAUGCAAAACCAAAUGAUCUCAUUUCAGUCACUUUUACAGCCUACUGCCAUUCACCCCUCACUUAACGCCGGCAGUUUGGGUACGAAGUCUCAAGCCAACAUGUCAUUAUCUUCGCUGGACGAACUGGGUAUGAGCCAUGGGCAAAUUAAUGUAAACCUGGAUGGAUUACCGAGUCAAGGAACAACAGAAGGGAUGCUAUUGAGGAAUGAUGCGGUAGGAUCAAACAACAAUGGGAAUCAAGAUCAUCUGAGGUCUCUUGACAGCUGUAAGUUAAAUUACUCAGCUCCUUCAUCGGAUUUUCACCAAGACAAGAGUUUGGAGAAUGUUCCUCUAAGAGGUGAAGGUACUUUCGAUUCAUGGAUUUGUCCUUCAGAGUAGGUCAUUGAUGAGAUUAAAUGGCUAGUUUCAGGGGUACGAAAGGGGAAGUAGACUAUUGAUCAGGAAGGUUUUGCUGCAACUAAUUAUCCAUGAUCAAAAUACUAUAGUACUGUGAUCAUGAAAAUGAUGAGACUGAGAUUGUGUUUUUAACCUUGGUCUCACCACUUUUUUUAGUUUAUAUUACAACAUCGCAUAUCGUAUCUUGUCUUUCUUUCUUCUUCUCUUCUCUCUUCCAAUGAAAAUAAACUAGAAUUUUAAUAUCAAA